AGUGGUGAUUCGUGGUGGGGAUGGGGUUAUGUUGGUGGUUUUGCUGAUUCUGUUUUAGGAGCACCAGUCAGAGCCGUUUCUGCGGCUGCUUCUAAUAUAAAGAAUAGUGUUGUUUCUACUACUCAAAAAGUGUGGAAUUAUGGGUCAGAAAUUAUUGAGAACGCGCAAGCAAAAAUUUUGUCUAUCGCGAAUCCAGUUACAUGGACGACCGCAGUUCCUUUGACCGUCCUUAGGACUGCUUCCAAUGUAGCUACCCCCGUUAUACAGGCAGUUGAUAAUAUUGAUAAAGCUGCGAAAGCUGUUCUCCAACCUCCUGGACCUCCACCCCCACCUCCUCCUCCUCAACCAGCCCAACCGGCUCCACCACCCAAACCAGUUGCUCCUACCCCCACCACGAACCCUACAAAAACUUGGGAUCGGCUUAUCCCUUUUGUUGCUUUGGCUCCUGCUACAGUUGCUAUUUCUAUUUUUUCCUACUUAAUCUGGAAGUAUUUUGCUCAACUGCGUAAGAUAAGACUCUACAGAAGAGCUCCUUUAAGAAUUCCCGGUCCAUCCGUACAGGAACAACUCCUUGAUCAUGUGGAAGAAGCUGGUCCACAUGAAUAUCAAUUGGUGAAGGAACGAAAACCUCCAUCUGUUCCAGCGAGAACAAAACGUUCUGCACGCGAUCCUGCUGGUGGUGGUCGCGUGAAUCGCCGCACCAUUAUUAAAAUUCAUUUUGAACUGGUGGACGAAUGUCAAAAAGGGAACACAAAAUUGACUCAGAAAGAUUUUCUGGAACUUUUAGUUCGAGAGUUCAUGGGAAGCGAAUUUAUGGAAGAAGAACAGGUUCCUAAGGAAGAGGUUCUUAUGGAAGGGGUUCUUAUGGAAGGGGUUCUUAUGGAACGUGUUCCAAUUUUAGGUUCCGUGUUUAUGGUUUAG